CCUCUUGUCCGACCUCAUCCCCUUCCGCAUCUCGCCCCUUCGUCCGCCUCCUAUCUGGUUCCCUCCUCCCUCCUCCCUCCUCCCAUGGCCGAACUCUUUGCGGACAGCCGCCCGCCGCGUCCUUAGCCGCUAGAUUUUGAAUCCUACCCUUUCCACUCUCUCCUCGCUCCGCUUCGACCUCAAAUCCCUCCGCUAGGGUUCUUGGCCCCGAUUGGUACUGCUGCGAUGUCGUCGAUCCUGCCAAGGAACGAGACGGUCCAGAUCCGCGAGGUGUGGGCGGAAAACCUCGAGGCAGAGUUCUCCCUGAUCCGCGAGAUCGUCGACGACUUUCCCUACGUCGCCAUGGACACUGAGUUCCCAGGCAUCGUCUGCCGCCCCCUGGGGAACUUCCACUCCAACUCUGAUUUUAACUAUGCCACACUUAAGGCCAACGUAGACAUGCUCAAACUCAUCCAGCUCGGUCUCACCUUCUCCGACGACCUCGGUAAUCUUCCAACUUGCGGCACCGACCGAGGCUGUAUCUGGCAGUUUAACUUUCGCGAGUUCGAUGUUCAGCGUGAUAUCUCCGCCUCCGAUUCCAUUGAUCUCCUUUGUCAGAGCGGCAUUGACUUCCAGAAGAAUGUCGACAAGGGCAUAGACGCGCAGAGGUUCGCUGAACUGCUGAUGUCGUCAGGUAUCGUGCUGAAUGACUCCGUGCACUGGGUGACCUUCCACAGCGGAUACGACUUUGGAUACCUUCUCAAGCUGCUCACCUGCCAGAACCUACCUGACACCCAGGUUGGGUUCUUCAAGCUAAUCAAGAUCUACUUCCCCACUGUGUAUGACAUCAAGCACCUCAUGAAAUUCUGCAACAGCCUCCAUGGUGGACUUAACAAGCUUGCUGAAUUGCUGGAGGUUGAGAGGGUUGGAAUAUGCCACCAAGCUGGCUCAGACAGCUUGCUCACCUCCUGCGCUUUUAGGAAGUUGAAAGAGUCUUUCUUUAAUGGUUCCACUGAGAAAUAUGCAGGGGUAUUGUAUGGGCUGGGUGUUGAGAAUGGACAUAUGGUUCAUUGAGUCAGCAAGCAAUAAAAAUAAUAAUUAAAUUAUUAUGAAUUGCCUUCUCCGUGUGCUGGCCAAA